AUACAAGAGCGACCUGAGCCAGCACCGCAAGAGUACACAUAUGGAUGGCAGCGGGCUACUCUACUGGGCGCCUUCUUCAACGGCGUCUUCCUCGUGGCGCUGAGCGUCAGUAUCCUGGUGCAGGCCGUUGAGCGAUUCAUCGAUCUCACCCAACAGCACUGUCCUCCUCAUGUGCGACUCCAUGAGGUUGCUGGAACGCUGGCUAACGAUGCAGCUAGCAAGACUGAGGCGCGCUUGACGCCGGUGCGUAUUCUCUUGACACACUUUAUGAGUUACCUUGGCAUGAUGGGGGUCUUUAUCCACAUCCUGGGAGACGCCGUCAACAACCUUGGCGUCAUCAUAGCAGCCCUCAUCAUCUGGAAGGUCGAGGGGGAGGGCCGAUACUACGCCGAUCCUGCAGUCGGGGUCUUUAUCGCAGUCAUGAUCUUCCUCUCGGCGAUUCCAUUGGUCAGGAACAGCGGCGCCAUUCUGCUGCAGAUUGCACCUGGUGGAAUCAGCCUCGAAGAUGUCAAGCAUGACAUUGAAAAGAUCCCAGGGAUCGAGUCGGUUCACGAGUUGCACAUCUGGCGACUAGAUCAGCACAAAUCCAUCGCAUCUGCCCAUAUAGUCGUUGACGGUAGAACCGUCAAGAGCUUCUCGGACAAGGCGAGGAUCAUCAUGGAGUGUCUCCACGCGUACGGCAUUCACUCGGCAACCCUGCAGCCAGAGGUACUGGCUGGCCCCCCCGUGACCAUGACCGACGGCGCAACAGAUACUCAGGCAACAGUGAUCGACGCAAGCAUGGAUACCUUGAGGCGUCGACAGCAACGAGGCGAGGAGGAGUGCCAGCUGAUUUGUGGCGAGCUGUGCGAGGGGUUGAGGUGCUGUGCGCCGGUACAGCUGCAGUGA